CAAGCAUCGGCAAGGCAAACCGUUGCGGUACAAGGGAACGGCAUGUAGACACCUGCCGUGGAGCGCCGAAACAAAGAAAAUCGUAGAUUUGCUGAACAAAACAGAAGAUACCAAACAGAAACAAGCUCAACCCUACAGGAAAAAAACAAUAGGCUUAGAAGGUUUCGGGGAAAUUUUACGCGGCUCUUGAAACAAACCCCUUACCCCUCUGUGAAACUGACCCCUGACAGUGACGAACCUGUAGCGGAAAUCGCGCAGAAACCAACCCGGUUUGUAGAGAGGACGGGACGUCGAGCAAUCGCAGUUCCCGCAGCGGUACUACACACUAACCGACAAUAAAAGGAAUCGUUUGGGAAAGUGCGGAAAAUCGUGUAAGUAGUGCAUUUCUUUGUAUAUCAAUCAAUCAAUCAAUCUUCAAUCAAGGCGAUAAUCGCCAAUUGACCCUAUUUGAAGAGCGACGAAAGAAAGCAACGCGAUCGGAAUGACCAAUAUUACCUGAGCAAUGGUGUGUUUGUUAUUACCGUGCAGUGAAUUACACCCUCGUAGGAUUGACGUGGACGUGCACGCCCACGUAAAUACGGAACGGACCAAUGUGUUUUCAGUGUUUUGAACCGUGAAUAAUAAAUGACGGAAACUAAAUAAUGAAAGGCAGAUAAGGGAAAAACGUUGAAUUAUUGUUAGCCCUUUGUUGGCGGUGGUGCAUUUUUUUUGUGUACAGUUUCUAGAUAAUGUACGGUUUUGGUUUUCUACAUCGUCUCUAUUCGAGCCUCAGCGUGAUUGAUCAAUGGCGGUUACCAUCGUCAUGCUGAACGCAAACGAGUGAGCUUGCGUGAACUUCGUGUCUCUAUAUGACAACAAGAUAGCAGCCGUCCUGCGCGAGGAGACCAAGUUGUGUUGAAUAGAUGUACUCUAACAGUACAAUGUCAACCAGAGGACAAAACUGUCACAAGCCCGAGCCUCGGAUCGGGCCGGAAUAUAUUAGCUGAAGUGGGGUAGUUAGUAUUAGGAAAAAGAAAACAAGUACCGAUUUUACUAAUCAACUAUUGCCACCAAAAAAUAGUGUAUUUACAAGGAUAUUCAGUGGCAUUCUGAUGUGACACGUGCGUGUUGCUGGCGUACGCACUGUGAUGUCCGUACGUAAGGAAACGGUCAGCGACCGAUACUUUGAUCGGUACCUGCGAAACGACAGAACACCUUAUCGCGAGCAGUACUCCAGCGCGAACAACAGCUCUUGUAGUUGGUAAAAGUCCUCGUGAAACUGUGCAGCAAGUGCUUUGGGACGACUCGUUCACAAAGCACACAAAACCUACAGAAGAGUUUUAGCAGGGACCCGCUCUCAAACGUGCGCGAAUAGCUUCACUGUUCAGUCAGCCUGACUACGAAAUCCUUUUCUUUGUUCAACGCUCUGCCAUUUAUAAAAGCCUCAUACACGGAAGCAAAUUCAACCACCGGGGUACGUUUUUACGUUACAUCGCGUCUAUACAAGUGCUCGGGAGAAACAUGACGUGAAGGAGAAAGGCGCAAACUUCAGAGAUAAGCGAGACUGAACUGUUGUAAGAAGUCUCCAUCGCGCCAGCUAAUAGCGAGACGUUAUUCAGAGCUGACAAACUUACCUUCACGCCGAUUAUCCAGCGGAGCAACAAGUGGCGGACAGGAACCCGGGAAGAGACCAGAUAACUAGACUCCGGUUUCCUGAAUCACGGAUCCGCAGAUAACAGGACCGCAGCAACAUCAUACAUACCCUGGGCCCGUUACACCUACGCGGGGAAUUAUUUCAUGGAGAUGCUUUUUCAACGAUCGUGAAGGUCAAAAAUCUACAAGAAAAAGAAACUACUUCAGGAAAGCGAGAAACAACUACUGUAGUAAUUAUCGAAAUUGCUACAACUCCUACUAUUACGUCACCAACCAGAUAAGCAAGCAAGCAAAUAAUCGACGAUUGUGUGGAUGCGUCUCAUGUGCUGUUGAUCGUGAAAAGUGUAUUACUUAAUACAGGUGCACUAUGUGUUGUUCAUCUUUAUGAUCUUCAUUAUAAUUCCUCAGCAUCAUCUUCCCUAGCAUCUUUCUGCAGAGACCUUUGAUAGUUAUAUCAACUUCCUACAUCUUGUACAACAUCUUUUUAUAAUGUGUCGACGUCGUCGUUAAGAAGUCCAUCGAUCACAAAAGCUCGCCCGCGAACAACCGCCAUUCAAAUUUUAAGCAGAUCCGCCGUGCCCCUAGCGAAGCCCUGUAGUUUUUCCUUUACCCCUUGAGAAGCCCUUGAAGGAACGACUGGAACAAAUCUCCCUACGUGGUUAACGUGACGACGACGAAGACAUCAGACACGAAAGACGAGUUCGGCCGGACUCGUAAUUGUUGUGUCACUACCAAAUUAACUCCAAUAUAUCAAACGUGCAUUUCAUCGAUCUUUGAAAGGCUUUCGACCCUUCCUAUCCACUUCGGACUAAAGAGGUCGUUGGCUAGCCAUCUACCUAAUCUUACCAUCAUCAACUUCUGUUCAUCUCUGUUUUCCUAUCUCAUCUUUUCUAUAAUCUUUAGCAAUCAACCAAAAAGAAAAAAGCGUUAGUAAUUAUAUCUAUAAUAAAUACUGCUACUACCAUACCAACUGUAACCAACGACGCGAAAAGAGCAGACAAACAUCGAAUGCAAACAUCUCUCGUUGUGAAAGAGACAGGCACAACUUCAGUGGGGUGCGCAAGGUCUUCGAAGACUUGUCCAAGAUCUUAGCUGCGCACCACCUCUUGAAGUGGCGAGUUUGGCGUAACGAUAGCUAAUUAAUAACAAAGCUCAGAAAAACCAACUCCUGUACGACAGGACUGCAUGCAAGAAGCUAAGGACCUGCGGAAGCAAACUUGUUAAUAACGUAAGAUAGGCGAACAAGUAAAUAUAACAUAACCAAAUUUGCGGGUAAACUCAUCAGACCCACGAUAAUUUCAUUCGUAAUCGCAGUAACAGCCGAGGCAAGUAAAAAAUCUUGCCGUAUUCGUUCAUCUUGUUUCUGAUAAAGCCACUUCGACCAUUGUUGUUACCACCAUUUCAAUCAAACAAUUUAUUCCCAAACGCAGCAGGAUCAGAAGCAGAGCUCCGCUGCUUCUAACGAAAGCAAGCGGAGAUGAUCACUGCCGAUUCGCCCGACCAGCGGCUGCACUUCUACAGCUCGACGCCUACGGGCGACAGGGGCCUCAACAACAACAACAAUAACAACAAUAAUACGACAAGCAAUAACAACAAUAACAACAAUAAUAAUAAUAACAACAAUAACAACAACGACAACACGCUGCUGGUCAAGCAGGCGGCAGGUGGCCAGGGCACGGCGGAGCUGGCGGCGAGUACGGAGAGCCUGGGCCCUGCAGGGCUACCAGGCCAAUUUUAUGAGCCUGACCCGUGGUACACGAAGAUCCAGGACCCCACGGGUCCACACCGACUCACGGGAAUGCUCGGAGCUAGUUCCAGUCCAAACAUGUACUCGAAAGCGACGCUGGUCUGGGGUGCAGGCGGUGCAGACGGCGGACUGAAAACGACCGCCGGUGUUGGGGUGGCAAGCGUCGGUGUCACGGGGGGUCGAAUGUCACCUUCAUCUGGCCUGGUCCACUGGAUGUCUGUGAUGGCCGACCAUGCACCUCCAGCUCCACCUCCACACGACUCGGUAUCACCUCAUCAUAUGCCACCGCAUUACGUCUGGCCAACGACGACGACCGCCAAUGGAGUCGAGAACAAAAUGUCGUUAGAACAUCAUACCGGUUCGCAUCUCCAAAAGGGCGGGGAUACCAGCUCGCUAUCGUACAUGGCACACAAGGGCAUGCUGCAACCAAAGCAGGAAAAGGGUUUGGGAGGCCCUGCGAGUCCGUUGGGUCCUAACCAGGUAGGCCAGAGUGCGCCAUUGGCCUCCAGCCCACACUGCAUCUCUCCACUUAGCCUUAGUCCAUCCCAGGGAACGUUAACCCCUUCCAGCCAAACUCCAAAUAGUGAACACCUCCAGUCGACUCGGGUUCCCCAAUCUUCCUUCCGGUCGCAGUGGCCUCACCAUACUCCAGGUCACUCGGCGAGCCUGGCGGAAGAUGGUCGGUCUUUGGAGCCGCAAUUACCCCCGCUAGCCCCUCUAGCACCGCUCGCCCCUUCGGCGCCCAACGUGGCUAACGUUGCAAACGUGAACGCUAUGUAUGGCGCGGGGGGCGUCCUUAGCCAAGCGGGAGCUCGCGCGUUAGGUCAAGCACAGCAUACGAACGGGCAUAACAUGUCUAACAUGUUGCUCGUAGGGCCUCCGCUAGCAAAAGCAGGGCCCCUCAACGCCGGGGCAGCAUCAGCAAACCCCCGGAAAUACGGCUGUAAAAUGUGCCCCCAGAUUUUCGGCUCCAAGGCUGACUUGCAGCUCCACACCCAGAGCCACAUGCGGGAAACCAAGCCGUACAAGUGUUCGCAGUGUUCGAAGUCGUUCGCCAACUCGUCGUACCUGUCUCAACACACGAGAAUUCAUCUGGGCAUCAAGCCCUAUCGAUGCGAGAUCUGCCAACGCGGAUUCACUCAACUUAGUCACCUUCAGCAGCACAUACGCACCCACACGGGUGAUAAGCCGUAUAAAUGUCGCCAUCCCGGCUGUAACAAGGCGUUCUCGCAGCUCAGCUCGCUGCAAAGCCACAGCCGAUGUCAUCAAACCGAUAAGCCGUACAAGUGCAACUCAUGUUAUAAAUGCUUCGCCGACGAAGCCUCGCUACUCGACCACAUCCCGAAGCACAAGGAGAGCAAGCACCUGAAGACGCACAUCUGUCAAUACUGCGGCAAGAGCUACACCCAGGAGACGUACCUCGCCAAACAUAUGCAGAAACACGCCGACCGCUUAGAUGCCAAGCAACGCAGUACGAUCGCCUCGACUUUGCAGGGUCUUAGCGGUUCGGCCCUCAGCGGAACCGGCGCAUCGCCGCGUCCCGACGCCAACAAUCCGCUCUACUGGACGCAUACCCCAUCGAAAACGCCAACGCCACCCCAACCUUCGCAUCUUGAUCACCUCAAUCCCUGCCAUCUAGACCUACAGGUUCAAAGUCAGCAGUCACAUCUUGAUCAGUUGAAUACAUCCUACGAUGGGAAAAGCUCGUCAGUAUCGGCUUUCACGCCGAUCCAGGGCAUCCAGGGCAUGCUUCCCGGUGGUCAGAUGGGCCACGCGGUACAUCCGUUAAGUCAGAGUCAAAUUCAGGCUGGACCUCGAGCGCCCUACUUUCCCUACGAGCCCUUCCCCAGCGGCGUAGCGAUGAAGACCGAGAAGCCUUCGGCGAGCUCGUCAUUUCCUAGCAACCUCAUCUCACUUCACCAGAUCCGAAAUUUCCAGGCGUCCAUGCCGAACGCCAUGCUGACCCAGGAGAGAGAUUCCAAGGGGCAGAACAAUCAGCAGCAAUAGAGUCUGCCGCCCUGGCAGCUGCACGUCGCGUCAGGGCAUCUCGACCAUUAGGCAAUACCACACUCUACAGAAUCACAUGUGUUUGUACGUUUGUACAGGUUCAGGUUGACAGUAACAGCAAUAACAACAACAAUUGCACACAUAACAACCAUGACAAAAACAACUACACAGUGGAGAAAAGCCGUUGGUCGGCCCGACAUUCGCAGGCCAGGGACCUCGUCAUCUUUUGCAGACGUCAAGAAGAGAUGUUCUCGUCAGAACGAGAACAGCAACGUCAACCAGCUUGAAUAGAAAAUGGAGUGGAACCGUAAGAACGUGUACGUACAGAAGACUUUCUAAAAAGUGAAAACUUGAAAAAAAUACGAGUCUAGCCACAGCUAAUUCACUUUCCAUUGAACCUUGACUACUUUGUAAUGGCUUCAGUAUCCACCCAGUAUUAGUGAACCGACAGAGUAAGCAAUUGGCGCACACUCCUUGUUAUAGUCUCGAACAAGUAAUCAGUAACAGCUACAGAAACGGAGUUAUCGGUUGUUCUGAGCACAAGAUAAAUGAAUACCGCGGCGUCUAAUGAUGAUCGACAAUUUCGAGAUAUGCGCGCGCAACGUUCUUCUCAUACGGUAAUUCAUUAACUUAUUUGCUUAUUUCAAAGUGUCCUCCAAAAAUAAACGGGGUGAAAAUAGCGGAAAUGUUGAAUCUAUUACGUACGAGACCAAAAUACGCAUGGCUACCUACGUGGCUUAGAUUGAAGGCCAGCCAAAUCAAUUCUCAUGCGCGUGACCCUUGGAAAAUGCUGGUCCAUGAUGAACCGAACACAGGGCCAUAAUCAAUAGAGUUGUGGGGUUUGUAAUUAGCUACAAUUGAAUUACUGUAGAUUUAUUUGCGAUUGUAUGUCUCGGCUCGCGUUCUCAAGGCCUACUAUCGCUCAGUCCCAUCGUGAUGUUCCUCUUGAUGAAGACACCCCUCGACAUGUAGCGCCCUCUAGUGGUAACGCCAUAUAUGAUAGCUUGUUUAGUAUAUGCAGUGGUUGUCAUUCGGUUCUUAUGCAUUUGGACCCGCACUGCGACUGGGAGGUCUCUAGUCCUACCCGGUAAACGAUUAUUUAUAAUGUUCGAUACGCUUCCGGGAGCCCCCAACCAAAGUCUAGCUCGUAAUUGAUGUAUACUAAUGGAUAUAAUCUAUUAUUAUAAUUAAAAAUGGAUAUACAGAACCUUCGCUAUCAACUAUCAAUACGGGUGCGGUGUACAUAGGAGACCGUCGUUUAACUCAACUGAUCACAGAGAUAAACGAAGGCGUUUUUUUUUGAAAUUUUUGUUAUUAUUUUUAUUUCUAUUUUACUGUUUAAGUCUAUCAUUCAUGUUUAUUCACUUAUUUUAAUUGUUUUUCUCCGAUUUCAACCCUCUUUUAGGUGAUAAUUGCACAAGGGAACAAUUCCUAGUAUGUACAAACAUUUCAUUUUUUAGCAGCGAAUCGGCCACAUCUGAUUGCCGAUUGCUAAAGGACACAAUUUUCUGUCUGCCCAACUCUCGUCAUCGGUGACGGGAAUUUUAUCUUGGUAAUCGUGAUUAAUUAAAAAGUCUCGAUUAUUGACUCAAUUGAUUCAUAGUUACCAUUUUGGCGUAUCUGUGUAUGUCCGUGUAUUUAUUAAACGUGCUUAUUGGGUGUGUAAAAUGUGUGAUACAAUAUUAUUAUUGGUAAUAUCCAAUGUUUGAUCCCAUACAGUAUGUACUCCGGUGAGGCAGAGUUACUCGGCUACUUACAAAGCCUUUUAGGUUUUCGUUUUUCUGAUCUAGUUAAAAAAUAAGUUAAUGCUCACUAUAUUCAACGAAUACGCGCUAAUUUAUUUCAUUGUUUGUGUAUUUAUCUUCUAACUUAAGUGUUUUGCGGUAACGUAAUGAUGAAGAUGCAGAUACAAAUGUACUUCUAAGAGAAGAUUUUUAAAAUAAGUAUAAAUAGUAUUGACCAAACGUUAUUUAUGAGGAUCACAAAUCUACUAUAUAUAUAUAUAUAU